AUGCUCGCGGGCCUGGCCCUCUUGGCCGCCGAAGCCACCGCCAAGACCUGCUUUAACAGCACCGUGGAGAUCCCUAUUACAUCGCGCAACGGCGUCUUCGACAACCUCAGCACACCCAAAACCAACUUUGAGGCCGCUGCGUUUGCAAUCUCCGCUACUCGUCAGGGUGCCAAUGGCACGGAGCAGGCGCUGACUGACUACGCUACUAUCUCGAAGACAUACAAGAUCUCGACGCAGUAUUGUAUGCCCGAUGCUUCCAGUCGCGAUGCUCCGCUACAAAUCUUGACGCAUGGAAUUGGGUUUGAUAAGACUUACUGGGACCUCCCAUACCACGACUUCAACUACUCAUACAUCGACAAUGCCCUCUCGCAUGGCUAUCAUACCCUCUCCUACGACCGCCUGGGCAUUGGCAACUCCUCCCACGGCGACCCCAAGAACGAAAUCCAGGCCUUUCUGGAAGUCUCCGCCCUAGCCCAGAUCACCCAGAUGACUCGCAAUGGUUCGUUCCCGGGUAUCCGCCAGAAACCGCAGAAGGUCAUCCACGCCGGUCACUCGUUCGGCUCGGGUCUGACAUACGCCUUGUCUGCCAUGUACCCCAGCCUCACAGACGGUAUCGUCCUGACCGGGUUCUCGUUUAACAUGAGCUUUAGUUCGUACUUUGUCGCUGGUGCGAACUUCCAUCAGGCGAAUCGGGUUUUCUCGUCGAAGAACACUUCCUCGUCGUAUUACCCGCCUGGUUACCUGGUGAGCUCGAACGCCGUCGCAAAUGAGUUCCUCUUCUUUACACCACCGUACUUCGACCCCAAGCUCCUUGCAUUCGCGGAGCAGAACAAGAAGCCUGUUGCCAUUGGUGAGCUUUUGACUAUGGGUAGUGUGCCUAUGCAGAGUCCCUUCAAGGGGCCGGUUCUGAUUAUCACCGGUUCGAACGAUGUCCCCUUCUGUGGUGGCGAUUGUCUUAACACCGGCGGUGCUGCGGAGUCUAUUCCUGCGCAGGGCAAGGUGGCGUUCCCGUCUGCGAAGGCGUUUGAGGCGUACAUCCAACCGCACACGGGACACGGCCUUAACCUGCACUACAAUGCCACGGGGGCUUAUGAGGUUAUUGCUGGAUUCUUGAAGAGCAAUGGGUUGUAA